AUGUCCGAGCCACAGCCCCCUGCGCCCUUCCGGCCUGCGCUCCUCGUCGUCGACGUCCAGGAGGACUUCUGCCCACCCCACGGCGCGCUCGCGGUCCCCGACGGCCGCGCCGUCAUCCCGCCCAUCAACGCGCUCCUCGCGCUGCCCUUCGCCUUCAAAGCCGCCACGAAGGACCACCACCCGCCGCACCACGUCUCCUUCGCGUCGCGGCACCCCGGCGCGGUCCCCUUCGUCACGCACACGACGAUCGCGAACCCCGCGAACCCGGCGGAGACGUACGCGACGCGGCUCUGGCCGGACCACUGCGUCGCGGGCACGCCGGGGAACGUGCUCGCGGCGGGGCUCGACGCCGCGCGGCUCGAGCGCGUCGUGCUGAAGGGCCUCGACCCGCGCGUGGAGAUGUACAGCGCGUUCCGCAGCCCGCUGCGCAGCCCCCCGCUGGCGUCCGCCGUGAGCGGGCUCGCGGGCCUCCUGCGCGAGCGCGAGAUCACGGACGUGUUCGUGACGGGGCUCGCGGGCGACUACUGCGUGCUCUACAGCGCCCUCGAUAGCGCGGAGGAGGGCUGGAGGACGUACGUGGUGGAGGACGCGGUGAGGUGUGUGGGCGGGGCGGAGGCCUGGGAGAGUAAGAAACAGGAGCUGGAGGCGAAGGGUGUGAAGGUUGUACGUGCAGAUGGGGAAGAGGUGGGCUGGGUGCGAGCGUUGGCAGCCUAG